CCUAACAUUCUGGGCUGAAAGCUAAGUGCCCCAUAUAUUCCUGGGUGACUCUGAAGCAGGUUACAUUUCCUCGGAAGAAGGCUCCUUCGUGCUUUGAAGAACAUCCUGAAGAUUAUAUAGGAGACAAUAUAUCAAGAAUCUAUUUAUUGAAUGGUCUAGAACAAAAGCCAGGAGCUCCCUAAUGGAAGCACAUUAGUGUUUAUUUUGAUGAAGAAAUAUAUAGAUUUUUUAACACAACCAUAAAGUAGAUAGCUCAGUAAAAAAUCAAUUUUGGAAGAUGUCACUGAACAACUCUUCCAACAUAUUUCUGGAUUCAGUGCCCAGUAAUACCAAUCGCUUUCAAGUUAAUGUCAUAAAUGAGAACCAUGAGAGCAGUGCAGCAGCAAAUGACAACACUGACCCACCACAUUAUGAAGAAACCUCUUUUGGGGAUGAGGCUCAGAAAAGACUCAGAAUCAGCUUUAGGCCUGGGAAUCAGGAGUGCUAUGACAAUUUCCUCCAAAGUGGAGAAACUGCUAAAACAGAUGCCAGUUUUCAUGCUUAUGAUUCUCACACAAACACAUACUAUCUACAAACUUUUGGCCACAACACCAUGGAUGCCGUUCCCAAGAUAGAGUACUAUCGCAACACCGGCAGCAUCAGUGGACCCAAGGUCAACCGACCCAGCCUGCUUGAGAUUCAUGAGCAACUCGCAAAGAAUGUGGCAGUCACCCCAAGUUCAGCUGACAGAGUUGCUAACGGUGAUGGGAUACCUGGAGAUGAACAAGCUGAAAAUAAGGAAGACAAUCAAGCUGGUGUCGUGAAGUUUGGAUGGGUGAAAGGUGUGCUGGUAAGAUGCAUGCUGAACAUCUGGGGAGUCAUGCUCUUCAUUCGCCUCUCCUGGAUUGUCGGAGAAGCUGGAAUUGGUCUUGGUGUGAUUAUCAUCGGCUUAGCCGUGACAGUGACUGGUAUCACUGGUUUAUCCACCUCUGCUAUUGCCACAAAUGGAUGUGUCAGAGGAGGUCUUGGAGUUCUCAUAAUUCUUCUUUCCACCAUGGUAACUUCUAUUACUGGGUUGUCAACUUCUGCGAUAGCAACUAACGGGUUUGUUCGUGGAGGUGGGGCCUACUAUCUUAUUUCCAGAAGUUUAGGGCCCGAGUUCGGUGGGUCAAUAGGCCUGAUCUUUGCUUUUGCUAAUGCAGUGGCUGUUGCUAUGUAUGUGGUGGGAUUUGCUGAGACUGUAGUAGAUCUUCUUAAGGAGAGUGAUUCGAUGAUGGUGGAUCCAACCAACGACAUCCGGAUUAUAGGCUCCAUCACAGUGGUGAUUCUUCUAGGAAUUUCAGUAGCUGGAAUGGAAUGGGAGGCAAAGGCCCAAGUGAUUCUUCUGGUCAUUCUUCUCAUUGCUAUUGCAAACUUCUUCAUUGGAACUGUCAUUCCAUCCAACAAUGAGAAAAAGUCCAGAGGUUUCUUUAAUUACCAAGCAUCAAUAUUUGCAGAAAACUUUGGGCCACGCUUCACAAAGGGUGAAGGCUUCUUCUCUGUCUUUGCCAUUUUUUUCCCAGCAGCUACUGGGAUUCUUGCUGGUGCCAAUAUCUCAGGAGAUUUGGAGGAUCCCCAAGACGCCAUCCCCAGAGGAACCAUGCUGGCCAUUUUCAUCACCACUGUUGCCUACUUAGGGGUUGCAAUUUGUGUAGGGGCCUGUGUGGUCCGAGAUGCCACCGGGAACAUGAAUGACACCAUCAUUUCUGGGAUGAACUGCAAUGGUUCAGCAGCAUGUGGGUUGGGCUAUGACUUCUCAAGAUGUCGACAUGAACCAUGUCAGUACGGACUGAUGAACAAUUUCCAGGUCAUGAGCAUGGUAUCAGGGUUUGGCCCCCUCAUCACUGCGGGAAUCUUUUCUGCAACGCUCUCCUCCGCCCUGGCUUCCCUUGUCAGCGCACCCAAAGUGUUCCAGGCUCUGUGCAAGGACAACAUCUACAAAGCUCUGCAGUUUUUUGCAAAGGGAUAUGGGAAAAACAAUGAACCCCUGAGAGGAUAUAUUCUCACUUUUCUUAUAGCCAUGGCAUUUAUUCUUAUUGCGGAACUCAACACCAUUGCUCCCAUCAUCUCCAACUUUUUCCUGGCCUCAUAUGCACUUAUUAAUUUCUCCUGCUUCCAUGCCUCUUAUGCCAAAUCUCCAGGAUGGAGACCUGCGUAUGGAAUCUACAACAUGUGGGUAUCUCUUUUUGGAGCUGUUUUGUGCUGUGCAGUCAUGUUUGUCAUCAACUGGUGGGCAGCUGUCAUCACCUAUGUCAUUGAAUUCUUCCUCUAUGUCUAUGUGACUUAUAAGAAGCCAGAUGUGAACUGGGGCUCCUCCACACAGGCUCUUUCCUAUGUGAGUGCUUUAGACAAUGCUCUGGAAUUAACCACAGUGGAAGACCAUGUAAAAAACUUCAGGCCCCAAUGCAUUGUCUUAACAGGGGGACCCAUGACAAGACCUGCUCUCCUGGACAUAACUCACGCCUUUACCAAGAACAGUGGCCUUUGCAUCUGCUGUGAAGUCUUUGUGGGACCGCGCAAACUGUGUGUUAAGGAGAUGAACGGUGGCAUGGCGAAAAAACAGGCCUGGCUUAUAAAGAACAAAAUCAAGGCUUUUUACGCUGCAGUGGCGGCAGAUUGUUUCAGGGAUGGUGUCCGAAGUCUCCUUCAGGCCUCAGGCUUAGGAAGAAUGAAACCAAACACUCUGGUGAUUGGAUAUAAGAAAAACUGGAGGAAAGCUCCCUUGACAGAGACUGAGAACUACGUGGGAAUCAUACAUGAUGCAUUUGAUUUUGAGAUUGGCGUGGUUAUAGUCAGAAUCAGCCAAGGAUUUGACAUCUCUCAGGUUCUUCAGGUGCAAGAGGAAUUAGAGAGAUUAGAACAGGAGAGACUAGCAUUGGAAGCGACUAUCAAAGACAAUGAGCGUGAAGAGGAAAGUGGAGGCAUCCGAGGCUUGUUUAAAAAAGCUGGCAAGUUGAAUAUUACCAAGACAACGCCUAAAAAAGAUGGCAGCAUUAACACAAUCCAGUCGAUGCAUGUGGGAGAGUUCAACCAGAAACUGGUGGAAGCCAGCACUCAAUUUAAAAAGAAACAAGAAAAAGGCACAAUUGAUGUUUGGUGGUUGUUUGAUGACGGAGGGUUAACACUUCUUAUCCCCUAUAUCUUGACUCUCAGAAAAAAAUGGAAAGACUGUAAAUUAAGGAUCUAUGUCGGAGGAAAGAUCAACCGCAUUGAAGAAGAAAAAAUUGCAAUGGCUUCCCUUCUGAGCAAAUUUAGGAUAAAAUUUGCAGACAUCCACAUCAUUGGUGACAUCAACAUUAAGCCAAACAAAGAGAGCUGGAAAGUCUUUGAAGAGAUGAUUGAACCAUAUCGUCUCCAUGAAAGCUGCAAAGAUUUAACAACUGCUGAGAAAUUAAAAAGAGAAACUCCAUGGAAAAUUACAGAUGCAGAACUGGAAGCAGUCAAGGAAAAGAGUUACCGCCAAGUUCGACUGAAUGAACUCUUACAGGAGCACUCCAGAGCUGCUAAUCUCAUUGUCCUGAGUCUUCCAGUGGCAAGAAAGGGAUCCAUUUCGGAUUUGUUGUAUAUGGCUUGGUUGGAAAUCCUCACAAAGAACCUCCCACCUGUCUUACUAGUUAGAGGAAAUCACAAAAAUGUCUUGACAUUUUACUCUUAAAACAUGAAAGAUUAGAAUACAUUUUACCUUAAUGUAUAUGCAUAAUUAAGAAACAUGUUCCAGUACUUUAUGUUGUAAUCUGAUCUGUGGAUAUGCAAACCUCUGGAGAUGAUCCUACCAGAUUCUACAUACAUUGCAUGAUUUUUAUCAGUUAAUGCGAGCUUUUUUUUCUCUUCUCAGCUUAAGGGGUUGUCAAAGCCAAUGCUAUCCCUAGAAAAACAUUUUUGUCACUGCUGUUGAUAAAAACGAAAAUCAAGGAAAUUCAUGUUAGCUUAUGCUCAUGAAAACCACCAAUGUGAUUGUAAACUUCUCCAGACAAACGUAAUCUUUUGUUUCCAGAGUGUUUGCUCCUCAGCCCUGGUAUAGGUCUCAGCCCCACAGCAGGAUCUCAAUAAAUGCUUAUUGACAGGCUGGCAUAGUAACCACAGGUGGUUAUCAAAGGAAAAGACCAAUAGGCUGGAGAAUAUAAUUAUGCUUGGCCCCCUCAGAUGCUUAUACCUACAAAGCAGAUUUAAAAAUCAAUAACUCAAAACUUUCAGAAGUACUUGAGUCUACAAAAUGUUCAAAGCAGUUACCUAAAUAAGGUUAUUUAAUGUAACAGAUUAUAUACUUAAAGUGAUCUGAGCGAUCAUUGAUAACAUAUGGCUUAAAUUUGCUGCUGCCUGAAAAGUAUAUUAACUAGAUUAGAAGACACCAUAUACUCCAAUAAAAUGAAAUAUGUUCUAUUCUCAACGUAUAAACUUUAAUUGUACUCCCUAUCAAAUAUUUUGAAAUUUCCAUUACAGCAUUACUUUGCAUAGUUUUUCUAAUUAAAUGGUUAGUACAGAUGAAAUCUUUAUAGAUGAGUACUUGAAAACUAAGUGCCACCAGUUUUCAAACCCUUAUUAAGAAAUAUAUCCUGAAUCAUAUAUUUAGUUACUUUCUAUAGUGAUUGUAUGGAUUUAAAAGAAUAAUUAAAAUGUGAAGUUGAAAAACUUGUAAAAUUUGGAAUAUACAGAUACUGAUUUUUUUCAUUUUUGUUAGUACACCUAUAAUACUUAAUCAUAUUGACAAACCAAUGAAAAUAUUGUUUUUCUGAUGAAUGGCUUGAUUUUGCUCCUUGACAUGUUUUGACUGUUCAUUCUAACUGAAAACAUAUAUGGGAAAAUAUGAACCUGAAAUAAAAGCACUCAAAUUCAA